AUGUCAAUGGCGGCCGUACAUUACAGGCAGCCGUCAGGCAAUGGUAGCGAGACGCAGCUUACGAGCCAGUCAAGAGUCACUGCCAACAGGAGGAGGUAUAGGGAGCCAAAUGAGGCCACAGAGGGGGGACCAUACCCCAUCCCAAUGAACAUAAUGUAUGACAGGAGGGUCGUUCGAGGCAGUAACUAUGCACCCCAGCUCCUCCCCCCCAUGAGCCCUCCGGAGGAAGCCACAUCAGAGAACCGGCCGGCCAAGGUGACCAAGAGAAAAUCGUCGACCAAGCUGUCAAAGCCAGGGACGCCAGACCCCGUGCUCGGCAGAAAACACAUUGACAUCCAGACGGACCUAUACUUGGAGGAGCUGACGGACCGCAUGCCGGAGGCAAGCGUGGACACGCAGACGGACGCCUUCAUGGACCGUCCGCAGACGCCGCUGUACGUGCCGCAAAAGUCGGGCGUCGACGUCGAGACGCAGAUCAUGGAGGGGGACCUCUUCAACUUUGAUUUUGAGGUGGAGCCGAUUUUGGAGGUCCUGAUCGGGAAGACGCUGGAGCAGAGCUUAAUGGAGGUUAUGGAGGAAGAAGAGCUGGCGGCCAUGCGGGCACACCAGGAGCACUUCGAGGCGGUGCGCAACGCGGAGCUGAUCGCGACGCAGCGCAUGGAGGCGGCCGAGCAGCGCAAGCUGGCGGAGAAGGCGCGGCGCCUGGAGCAGGAGCGCGCGCGCGCUCUCGCGCAGAAGGCCGCGCAGGAGAAGGUCGCGGCGCAGACGUUCGCGCGCGACUACCUGGGCGGGCUCAUCGCGGGCGUCUUCCAGGGGCUGACCAACGAGGGCGUCUUCUAUGACCCCGUGGAACGAGAGAUCGAGACCCAGUUCAUGCCGUUCCUCCACGACGCGGUGGCUCAGGAGCUCAGGAAGACGGAGCUCGCACGGGCUACUGUGCGCGCGCUGAUCGAGUCCGCCGUCCAGUCAUACGCUGAGAAGCAGAGGAUUGCAGAAGAGGAGCGGGCGCAAGAGAUGGCGGCCGAGGCCUUGCGACGAGCAGAGGAAGAGCAAAGGAUGCUGGCGGAAGCGCAAGCGAAGGCGGAAGCGGAAGAGGCCCGGGCUAGCGCGCUUCUGAAGGCGCUCACUGAGAAGGGUGAUCUUACGGAAGAAGCCCGACAAGAAGCGCAGGACGAAAUGGCGGCAGAGGGCAAGACAGGGAGUGCGGCGCUGCUGCAGUACUUGAUACAGAAAGGGGUCGUCUCUGAGGAGAGCGUGAGUGAAGUAGAGCAUGGGCCGAGCAGCGCAGAAACUACUGCGACUGAUGAACCGGCCGAUGGUUAGGUAACUUGCGGGCCUGACGCCCUGGUCCCUAUAUACAAUGUACAUAUUUGGUGAAAACUUC